CGCCAGGGGAGCUGAGAGGAUGCCGAGGUCUCUCCCCUUACUUUAGGACAGCGGCAUCUCAUACUCACCUAUUUCACCCUCACCCCUUGGUUUCCAGCUUCGGGCCGGGGUCCAGUAGGCAGUACAAACAGUGAAACCAAAACUUGCUCUUCACUCAGGCGUGCCCUGCAGUGCAUGGAGCCGUUUUCCCAGCUCCCCUGGCCACAGCCCUGCAGGGCAUCCUCACUCCACUUACAUUCACAUCCACUCGAUCUGCACAGCUCCACCUCCAAAAUACUCCCAGAUCCCGCCCCCUGCCUCUCGUCCCUGGCUCCUCCAUGGUCCUGUCCACCACUGUCUCCCAUUUGGAUAGUCACGCAGCCUCUGCUGUCUCCCUGCUCCUUGUCCCACACAGCCCGAGGGACCCUGGGACACCAGCAUCAGGCCAUUCCCCUCCUGCCCAGAGCCCUCCUGUGGUUCCAGUCACUCAGGAAAGGACAGAGUUGUCACCGUGGUCCACAAGGUCCCACAUGAUCUGAUUCCUGCCUUUCUCUUCCACUCUCCCUCUCUCUGUCACACUGUGGUCGUUCAAAACUCUGGUCUUUGCACUCACUCAUCCACUCCCUUGUGAUCUUGUGCGGUUGCUCCAUUUUAAUCACUCAGGUCUCUGCCCAAGUGUCACCUCAGAGAGAACUACCCUGAACUUCCUGGCCACAAAGGAAAACCCCCAGCACCCACUGAUGCACCCACAUACAUGUAACCCCACAGUCCCUCCCUUCCUCCCUCCUUACAUACCAUGUGAUUAUUUGAGUGUCGUCUGCCAUCCCUUUUUCAAAUGUCUGUGCCUUCACUGCAGCAGCCUCUGGGUCUACAAGAGGGUCAGGCACAUAGUAGGUGCUCAACAAAAAUUACAGCACUGAAGGUGCUACAACCUGAGCAGUUCCCCACACCCAGAACUGCCUGUCAGCGUAUACACACGCUCGUUUAUUUAAUCCUCGCCAUCAAGCCUCAGCCACAGAGUAAGUUGUCACCAGCCCUAUUUUAUAAAUGGAGAAACAGGUCUCGGAGAGGUGAAGCAAUUGUCCCGGGACUACAGGGCUGGCAGCUGUGGAGCUGCGAGUCAGGAGGAGCCCAGCCACAACCUCAGGAAACAGGUUUGAGGCCUGCUUUCCAAGAUGAGGAAACGGGCCAAGGAAGGGUAGGAGUUGCGUGAGGUCGGUCAGUAAGUGGCCACUGCUGGAUUUGAACCUAGCCCUGCCUCCCAGCGACGGCUUAAGCUUGUAGGUUUCUCUGGGGAAACCUACUUCCAUCUCGCCCCUCCCCCCGCGCACCCUCCCAUCCUGAUGCUGAGGUGCCAAAAAGCAGGAGGGGAGCGGGUGCAGGGCGUGGGUCCCCAUGAAUAAUUGAGGGUCUCAGGCAGGUCGGGCGCCCCGCAGCUGCUGUCCAGCCUCGGGCGGGGAGGGGGCGGCAGUGACGUCACUUCCUCCCUCACGGAGGCCAGGGGCGCGGGUUAUAAGGAGCUGCCACCCGGUUCUUCACAGCACCAGGUCCCUGGUCGGGAAGCCUCACCAUGCUGCUGCACUGCGGGCGCUCGGUGCUGCAGGUGCUGCCGCUGUCCCCGCUGCUGGUGCUGCUGCUGGGGGCGUCCUCCGCUGCUCCGUUGGCACCGAGGCCUUCCAAGGAGGAGCUGACCCGCUGUCUGGCAGAGGUGGUCACAGAAGUGCUGACCCUGGGUCAGGCCCAGCGAGGCCCUUGCACGACUCUCCUCCACAAAGAGAUGUGUGAGACAGGACCCUACAGCUGUGUAUCCACUGAGGAAAAAGGCCUGCUAGUUGGAGAUUUCAAGAAGCGGGAGGCUGGGAAGAUGAGGUCCAGCCAGGAGGUGAGGGAUGAGGAAGAGGAGGAGGCAGCGGAGAAGAUCCACAAGUCUGAAGUGCAGGAACAGGCAAUCCGCAAGCAGCUCCACAGCCAGCUCCGCCAGGAGGAAGACCGUGAAGAGGAAGAGGGGGAAAAGAAGAGGGGGCCCUCAGAGACCUUUGAGGGCCUGUGGAAGCAGCAGCUAGAGGGUGGAGGUGGCCCCCAGAAGCGGGUGGCAGAGCAGGCCAGUGACGAGGAGACAGCCCAGUUCGAGGCUGAGAAGGGCAUGCAGGUGCUGGGCGGGGGCCACAGCCUGUGGAAGGGGGCAGAGGGCAGGGGAAGAGAGAGGCACGAGGACCUGCUGCACCACCACCACCACCUGCCGGAAACUGAGCCCAAGCAGAAGGCAGAGGCUGCGGAGAGGGAGGAGCAGGACGCGGAGCAGCUGGAGCACGCGAGAGAGGAGCUGAAGAAGGCUGCAGAGGUGCUGAGGCAGGAGCUCUGGCGGGAAGGCUGACCCCUGACCUCGCGCCCUCCUUCCUGACACAUCCCGUGGCUUAGGACUGUUGACCCCCAAAGCCCCCACCUCACCAGGUGCCCCACUGCACUCCCAACCUGCAGGGGUGGGAGGAGGGUGUGCCUUGGAGCCAGGCCUGAGGGGCCGAGUCUGCGCUGGUGAGACAGGCUGGCUCAGACCAACUCAGGAGACACUCUGCCCCCCACAAAACCCACUCCCACCCUUCUGAGUGAAUAAAGCACAAAGCAAACCA